AUGUCCAGGGAGAUUGGCUACAGUCCAGUAGACCCUAAACUUCUGAAUAAUAUGUGGAAGUGUAGGAAUCUGCAACACUCUCUUAUUACUUAUGCAAGAAGUACAAAGAAUAUGUUGAAGAACUUGAUGGAGGAUCACCAAAAAUCUCUGGAUUUCCUCUCAAAUCAGGUGCGUGAACUAACCAAUAAGGUUCUUCUUUUGAAUGCAGAAGUCAUGAAAAAACACACAGAUCCUUUUCUUAAUAGACCCAUUCAGACACAUGGAUUUGAUUGCACUGAUAUUAAGGACAAUUUUGGAACAAAUUCAAAAACUCCAAGUGGGAUAUACAUCAUCCAGCCAGAAGGAACUCACUUCCCUUUUGAGGCUUUCUGUGACAUGGAUUACAGAGGAGGAGGUUGGACCGUUCUUCAGAAGAGAAUUGAUGGAAUUGUUGACUUCCAGAGAACUUGGCUGGACUACAUGGAUGGAUUUGGAGAACUUUCAGGUGAGUUCUGGCUAGGUUUGAAGAAAACGUUCUGCAUUCUCAAUCAGAAGAACACGAGCUUUAUGCUGAAUAUAGCCUUAGAGGCAGAAGAUGGCUCUUCAGCCUAUGCAACUUAUGAUAGCUUUUGGAUCGAAGAUGAGAAGACGGCAUUUAUAAUGCAUGUUGGACGCUACUUUGGAACUGCAGGUGAUGCUAUAAGGGGAAACCGGAAAGAGGACAACCAAAAUGCCGUCCCCUUCAGUACAUAUGAUGUGGACAAUGAUAACUGUUAUCCUUCCUGCUUCGUCAAUGGCACCAAAGUGGCCAGCUGCAGCCAGCACGAGAGCAGGAGCGGCUGGUGGUUCAGCCAGUGUGGUUUAGCCAACCUGAACGGUGUUCACCGAGUAACUAGAGGCGUGGACAUAUCGGGGAUCCAGUGGGACACGUGGAUCGAGAACAAUACGACUAUUAAGAUUAAAUCAGCUUCAAUGAAAAUUAAGAGAACUCACUACCCGUUUUAUAAAUGAAAAAUGAUUUGCAUCAUUAGUUUUUAGCGUAUUUAAGACCUAUAUUAUAUGCCGCUGUGCUUAUUUCUCUUCUUAC